GUUUCUUCUUCUUCUUCUAUGUCUUAUUGUUAUCUUCUCCAUAUUCAUUGUCUCUCUGUCGUCUCACACACAGCUUUCAAUCUGAAACGAUUAAUUGUGCUUUCUUUCUUUGUUUCUGAAUCUCUGCUGGUUUUAAUUAAUGCAUAUUUCUCUCUCUCUUAGUAGCUUUUUUUUUUUCUUUUUUUUUUUUGAUUUCUUGGAGAUGGAAGAGUGAUGCGAUUUGCCCAUAGGGAAAAAAAAAAGAGCCAAUAAGUUGUCAGAAACUUUGGCAUUAACAAAUAUUUGAUUCUUUAUUCGUCUUUGUAAGAGUAAAGCAAAGCAUGUACCACACUCGGUCUCUCUCAGUCGACUACUUUCAAAUAGGCUGUGCCCUCAUUUACUUUCCUUUCAAUUAUCAACUCUCUCCCCUUCUUGUUCCUAUUCUGAUCUUUUCUUAGUCGUCUCUGAUCCCGAGCAGCCCUUUUCCUUUUUCACUCCCCCUUUUCCUUUCUCCAGGACCCAUUUGUUUCCCGCAGAUCGAUAAACGAAUUUUCUAUUUAUUUCAGAUUCCCCCAAUUCCCUUUUGUCACAUUUAGCCGCGUACCUACUACACACCACAAUAUGAUUCACACCCUUUAUUUCUUUCUUUCUUUAACUUCUAUUGAAAAAACAGAGAAAUCACUGCUCUGUUCAGUUGAUUUCCUCAUGAAAGUUCUUUUAAAUGAUGGUGGAAUUAGAAAAUGGAAACUGUUGCUCUUUAUUAUUUGAGUAUUACAUGUUUAUCUCUGAUAAAAAGAGUUGGGUAAAGGGAAGGCUUGUUUGUUUUCUUCUCCUCAAUCAAUAUAGAAGAGAAAGAAAGAGAGAAAGAGAGAGAGGAAAACAAAGCGGAAAUAGAUGGAUUUUGUAAUUAAUUUUUGGGAUUUCUUUUUUUUUUCUUUCAUGGAUUUGGUAGACACUAAACCUCUAGCUGGAACCUACUUGUUUGUUAUGUGCAGAGUAAAAAAAGGCAAAGUUGAAGCAAAAUGUUUACAUGCAUAGCAUGUACGAAACAGACAGACGACGGAGGUGAGGAUGGGGCUGCGCGUGGGAGUGGCACGCCUAGUACAAAGGAAGCCGUCAAAAGCCUGACAACGCAGAUUAAGGACAUGGCGUUGAAAUUUUCUGGUGCUUAUAGGCAGUGCAAACCCUGCACAGGCUCCAGUAGCUAUAAGAAAGGACAGAGACCUUACCCAGAUUUCGACACAGCUUCAGAAGGGGUCCCAUACCCUUACAUAGGAGGGGCAAGUGCAAGUUCAACCCCUGCUUGGGACUUUCCUCCUGUUAAUCGGCACCCACAUAGAUCUGAGUCUAGAUUUAAAGAGGCUUACAGAGGAGAUCAGACUCCUGGAGGCGAUUCCACCAUAUCAGCAUGUGAUGUUGUGCUUGAGGAUGAGGAUGAGCCGAAAGAGUGGAUGGCACAGGUGGAGCCUGGUGUUCACAUUACUUUUGUGUCCCUACCCAAUGGAGGCAAUGAUUUAAAACGAAUUCGUUUCAAUCGAGAAAUGUUCAACAAAUGGCAAGCGCAGCGAUGGUGGGGGGAGAACUAUGACAGAAUAACGGAGCUUUAUAACGUCCAGAGAUUCAAUCAACAAGCUCUUCAUACGCCACCAAGAACUGAGGACGGGAGGGAUUCUUCUUACUCAAAGAUAGGAAGGGAUAGUCCGAUGACUUCUGCGAACAAAGAUUGGACGCCGAGAAACUAUAAACCGUCUGGAAGUAAAGGAUUCCCAUCUGACCAGCAUUUUGAUCAUGGAAGCAGCCACCCCUAUGCAGGCUCAAGUGCCUACCCAGCAGGCAGUGCCAAAGGUGACAUGUCUUCUAUGGAAGCAUCACGCACAACUACCUCUUCAAGAGACGAACCUUCGAUUUCCAUUAGUAAUGCAAGCGACAUUGAGGCAGAAUGGGUCGAGGAAGAUGAACCGGGGGUCUAUAUAACUAUCAGGCAGCUUGUUGAUGGUACUAGAGAGCUUCGUCGUGUUAGAUUCAGCCGCGAAAGAUUCGGGGAAAUGAACGCAAAGCAAUGGUGGGAACAGAACAGAGAGAGGAUCCAAGCUCAAUACCUAUAAAUUAUUGAUGGCAGCAACAGGUUUAAAAGUAAAAGAGUUUCAGGAGCACCUUCGUGUCCCAAAAAGGAGUUCCAAAAAUUUUGUCUUUAGAAUGUAAUAUUCACAAAAAGCCAUCAGCUGGAUAUAGAGUUUUUUUUGCUAAGGAAAACUUACUCACCACCAGCCACAGAUACAAAAACCAAAUUUUCUGAUUUUUCCUAUCAGAAUUCUGCAAGUCAUUCUUUUAUUUCCUUCCAAGCCAUGUCCUAUUUUCUUCCCCUUUUCUUCUAAAUAUUCAUUAUACAAUCUAUUUUUAUCAUUUUUUUAUAA